AUGAAUAGGGUCGGGGUAUAUAAACGAGGUGCAGACAUUUUUUCCUAUCAUUCGUUUUUGAAAUCACUUUCGACGUAAAGACGCUCACUAUGAUAACCAAAUUUUUGCAAAGCUUCGAAGAUCCAGACAAACCAUUUUAUGGUCCAAAUUUUUGGAUCUUAACGAAAACUGGCUUGAUACUACCUGAAAACAAAAUAGCAAAAGCAUUAUACAUCUUGAUGCAUGAAAUUGUUGCAUUUUUCGUGUUUACUCAGUACAUGGAGCUCUACAUAAUAAGAUCAAACUUAGAUUUGGUGCUAACUAAUCUCAGGAUUUCUAUGUUGAGUGUCGUCUGUGUUGUUAAAGCUAAUACGUUUGUAUUUUGGCAAGAAAAAUGGAACAAAAUCAUCGACUACUUAACUGAAGCAGAUAGCGUUGAACGGUACAGCAACGAUCCAGAAAGGAAGAAAAUCAUUGACAAAUAUACAAACUACAGUCGUAGAGUGACAUACACCUACUGGGUAUUGGUUUUUAUCACCUUAGCGACUACGAUUGGAUCUCCAUUCAUUCAUUUCGUAUCUGCAUCAUAUCGUGAGAGCCUACGCAAUGGGACUGAACUAUUUCCUCAUAUCUUAAGUUCCUGGAUGCCCAUCGAUAAGAACCAUUCGCCUGGUAUUUUUAUUACGAUUGUGUGGCAUUCUACUGUAACUUCUUAUGGAGCUUUGAUAAUGUCAUCGUACGACACCAGUAUUAUGGUCAUCAUGGUUUUCUUUGGCGGAAAGUUGGAUGUACUACGCGAGAGAUGCAAGCAAAUGCUGGGCACUGGUGAAGUUGAACUCAGCGAUGAUGAAGUAGCUGCCAGAGUCCGAGAACUCCACAAUACUCAUGUUCUCAUCAUGAAACAUUUAAGAUUAUUUGACUCCGUGUUGUCGCCGGUUAUGUUUGUCUAUGUGGUGAUGUGUUCUCUGAUGUUAUGUGCAAGUGCAUACCAACUUACUUCUGCCACUAACGCUGCUCAGAAGCUUCUAAUGGCGGAGUAUUUAAUUUUUGGAAUAGCACAGUUGUUUAUUUUCUGUUGGCACAGCAACGACGUUCUUGUGAAAUCUGAAAAUGUGAUGCUCGGUCCCUACGAAAGUCGAUGGUGGGAUGCGAAUGUUCGCCAAAGGAAAAGUAUUUUGCUCCUUGCUGGCCAGCUGCGAAUCAGCAAAGUACUCAGCCCGUUUGCUAUGGAAAACCAAAACCCUCAAGAGAGAUCCGUUCCGAUUCAAUAUGUUCGCGGAUCCAGAGCGUUUCGUCAGUUCAAGAAUCCACCUCAACCGCACAUGUGUAUCCAGGAUACUAUAAAAGACACGACAGAAAAACUAUUCAUAAACGUGUUGGGGUGGCAGAAAAUAGCUAAUCCAAAGCAGUACAAUGAUCCUAUCCCAUUGUAUGGAGGAAUGCAGGUGCCGCAAGGCUGUGGACCAAACAGUAAUAGGCCUCCUCUCUUAGUAUUCGCAGUAAUGGUAAAUCCAGAUAUCUUGAAAGCAAAUGGCAAGAAUGCAACUAAUCCAACUGACAGAGAGGCCCUUGUGAGCCUCCUUUGUGACUUUGUAGAGGCCAUGAACCCGGGUCUGCUUCUGACUCGGAGUCCUGUUAUCCUUAAAGACAGGGACCUCGCUGGGGAGCUAAAAGAUGUGUGGCUCGCUGUCCAAAACAAACGGGAGCGGGAAAAGGGGAUGAGCCAAGAUGUUAUGUAUAAGGUGUAUGACAUUGAUGGAAUUGGCAAUGAGGACAUCAAUGAAGAAGAUAAAAUGAAUUCAAAAAAUUGUAAGCAAAAUGACUGUGGCUCCCCCAAUAGAUCACACAGUGACAAGAAGAAUGUUGUUAAAUCAUCCAAACAAAUUCUAAUGAAUGCUGGACAAAAGUCUGAAUUUGAUUCGGGGAUGAACAAUUGCCAACUGAAUCAGAACCAUCCCAGUAGAGACAACAGGUGCAGCACAACACAAGCAGACACUACGUACUGCACCCCGGUCUACGGCCAGAUAGUGUCGAGCAGAGAAAAUCACAAUCAAAUCAAUGAUAUACAACAAAAAUUUUCAUCAAGUGAAACGACAAAACCCUCAAGCUCCUUUAGGAAAGAUUGGAAUCCAGUUCAUGGUAAAACCACUGAAGGCUGGGAUGAAUUUUCCAAACGUAACAUAUCCUCUAUAAGCAAAGAAGGCGAUGUGAAAAAACAGAGGUACAUCAAAAACGAAAAAGAUAAUAAGCAAGUGAGUAACGGUAAGUCUCAGUACGAUUUCUUUCCUGUCUUUGACAAUAAAGCUGUUGAUGAGGGUUCGGACUCCAACGAAGAAAGCAACACUCCUGAAAAUAGUAAAGAACAAGAAUUAAGUAACGAGGACAAUUCUAAAAUAAUUUUAGAUGCAGUGCAGAAGCUAGUUCUGCAGCCGACUGAUAACAAACUAUGUGAUAAUAAGACAAGUGCUCUCAGCUCAAUAAGCUCAUAAUUUUAAAGCUUUUACAAACAAUUUUGUAUGGCAGGUAAAUUUGUAUCGCUUAGAUGCUGUUUGUGGGACAUGGUAUAUUGUAAUUAUGAUCAAAUGUGACAGCAAUAUGAAAUGUUAGCACACAACUAGUCAGAUUCUUUUUGAAUAAUGAAUAAGCAGUUUUGAAUUGCUUGUUACUGACCGUAAGUAAAUAAUUCUUUAAAUAAGACAGGUAAGAAAAAUGAUACUGUUGUUUUCACAGAAUGUUUGUGUGAAUUUUAAAUUCAGAUAUAUACCUUAGGAUUAAACUUUGCUAUGUUUGAUACAAUUUGACGAAUGAUGGUGGAUUUAAGCUAUUGUGCAUGCAGUGUGAGAGUUUAUUUGUUUACAUGGUUGUGUAUUUUCAUAGGAUAUUUGCGUGAACACGAUCAAAUUGACGCGUGACAUGUAUUUAUUGAUGAUGCUAAAUGAGUGAAUUUUGUAUAUUGCUAUAUGUUUCAUUGUUGCCAAUUUGAAAUUUAAUAUUUUAAAGUUGAUACAUUAAUGAACAAGAUUGAUAUAGUUUUUAAAAUGUAUUGCUCAUUAAAAUUCUAAACAUUUCGCUAACAAUUUUAUUCAAUAAAAGAAACUUGAUCUCACUUUUUAUAAUAACGUAAUCCUGUUGUGUCUAGAUGAAUGUCAAACACUGCCAAAAUGAAUACCUUUUCACAUACGUAUUUGCAUAAAUUGAUUUAGAUCUAACUUGAAGUAAAUCUCAAAUAGAGUUAGUAACCAAAUAUUGUUAGGGUAAAUUUUAUAAUGGUUGUUUAGUCAGCUUAUAAUCCAGUGUAAUUUUAAGUUAUAUUCAAAUGUGCAAUUUUUUGGUUCUCAUAACUGUUUAUUUUGUUAAAGUAUUUUUAUAUUUGUAUUUGCUGUUAUUGUGUACAUAUAAUUUUUAUUAUAAAUAAAUUAGUCUCAAUGUGCUUUAUUUAAAACUUUUGCUUAUGUAACUUGUGGCGUUUGGAGUAAUAUACUCAAUUUAAUUUGCAUUAUGUAUCUGAUUUGUAUUACUUCUUUUUACUCCAAGUAAAUAUUCCAUGCACAAUGCAUAAAAAACAGAUAUUUAUGUGUAUUUCUUAAAAAUUAUGUAUAUUUUUCUUUAAUGUAAUUGAAUUUUAAUGUCACAUUGAGUAAGUACAUCAUAAAUAUUGAUUAUUAUUAAUUAUAUAGUAUAUUUUAAAGAGUGAUCUAUUUUAUUAUAGUUUUAACUGCACAUUAUUACUAGUUUUGUCAAGCAGUUCAUGUAUUAACGACACAAGUUGCAUUUAUUUUGUGUAAUACAUAUUUUUAACGUGCUACCUUUAGAGUUAAUUUUGUAAUGUAAAGAAAAAGUAUUCACGAUUUCAUUUUAUAAUAGCUUUAGAUAGGCAAUUUAAUUUUAGUAUUUUUAGCAUUUAUAUUUUGCCCAUGCAUGGCAGUGAUUAAAUUGUAUUCAAUAAUGUUCCUUUUCUACUAAUUUUAUCUCGAAUAUUUUCUAGAUUGAUAUGAUAGUAUUAUUAUUGAAAAACUUAUAGCAGGAUAACUUCACUUUUUCUCAAAAGUUGGCAGCUUUAUACAAUGAGUUAAUAUUUAGAUCAAAGUUUACAAGAGAUUAUGCAUAUUACUGUUGUAAAAUAUAAAUACCAGAUCUACUUUGUAUGGAAAUAAUUAGAUUUUGUGUUAUACUGUAUCUUGGAAAAUGUAACUUUAUGUACUACAUAUAGAGGAUUUCAAUAUCAGAUCUCUUGUUUACAUACAGUAUUCAAAAUUACAUGUCAUUUACAAGACUGGU